GGGAAUGUCCGGUACGAACGAGUGAAGACAUCCUGGGGCCAGCGGGUUUGAGUUAUCGCCCCUUAUCUAUCAGCAGAAUCCGGCAAGGAAACGCCUGCGAACUGGGGAGGAAGGAAGCUCUACCGCCCAAGAAAAGAGUGAGCGGGCAGGCAGCCGCGGGGCAGAACCGAGCUGUGUGCAGGGUCCUUACAGGCCGGUCCGGCUCUGUGCCGCUCCCGUCGAGGCCAUGCUGCAGGGGGAGCUCCGAGCGAUCCCGGGGUGAGGGGAGCAGCUCUGCCGGGGAUCCCACCGCGGAAGAACUGGGUGGAUGCACGGUAGAGAGGAAAGAAUGCUGCCCGCACUGCUCCCCGGUAGCAUCUUGAGCGGCCGCAUUUGUGACGGCAGCAGCGGCAACGGCAGCGGCAGCAGCAGCAGCAGCAGCAGCAGAAGCAGAAUGCACAGCGUGGGCCAAGGAGACGGUUCGAGCUGCUGAAUAAGUCACCCAACGGCUGUUUUUCCGUAGUAUGCGAGUCGACAGAACAGCCAAAGAACAGGGGUUCCCGUAACAGUCUCCUUUGAGCUCUCUUCCCUCGCUACUCGGAGCUGAUUUAUGCGAAAACAUGCCUUGCACUUGCACCUGGAGGAACUGGAGACAGUGGAUUCGACCUUUAGCGGUGGUCAUCUACCUGGUGUCCAUAGUGGUUGCCGUUCCCCUGUGCAUGUGGAAAUUACAGAAACUGGAGGUUGGAAUACACACCAAGGCUUGGUUUAUUGCUUUAAUCUUUUUGCUGUUGACUAUACCUAUAUCGCUUUGGGGAAUAUUGCAACAUUUAGUACAUUAUACACAGCCGGAACUACAGAAACCAAUAAUAAGGAUUCUUUGGAUGGUACCCAUAUACAGUUUAGAUAGUUGGAUAGCUUUGAAAUAUCCCAGCAUUGCAAUAUACGUGGAUACCUGCAGAGAAUGUUAUGAAGCUUAUGUCAUUUACAACUUUAUGGGAUUCCUUACCAAUUAUCUAACUAACCGGUAUCCAAAUCUGGUAUUAAUCCUUGAAGCCAAAGAUCAGCAGAAACAUUUACCUCCUUUAUGUUGCUGUCCACCAUGGACUAUGGGAGAAGUAUUGCUGUUUAGAUGCAAACUGGGUGUAUUGCAGUAUACAGUUGUCAGACCAUUCACCACAAUCUUUGCUUUAAUCUGUGAGAUGCUUCAUAUAUAUGAUGAAGGGAACUUCACCUUUUCAAAUGCUUGGACUUACUUGGUUAUAAUAAACAAUAUGUCACAGUUGUUUGCCAUGUAUUGUCUCCUGCUAUUUUACAAAGUACUGAAGGAAGAACUAAGUCCAAUCCAACCUGUUGGCAAAUUUCUUUGUGUAAAACUGGUGGUUUUUGUUUCUUUUUGGCAAGCAGUAGUUAUUGCUUUGUUGGUAAAAGUUGGCGUUAUUUCUGAAAAGCAUACAUGGGAAUGGCAAACCGUAGAAGCUGUGGCCACAGGACUCCAGGACUUUAUUAUCUGUAUUGAGAUGUUCCUUGCUGCCAUUGCUCAUCACUACACUUUCUCGUAUAAACCGUAUGUCCAAGAAGCAGAAGAGGGCUCAUGCUUUGAUUCCUUCCUUGCCAUGUGGGAUAUUUCAGAUAUUAGGGAUGAUAUUUCUGAACAAGUGAGGCAUGUUGGAAGGACAGUCAUGGGACAUCCUAGGAAAAAGUUUUUUCCUGAGGAUCAAGAUCAAAAUGAACAUACAAGUUUGUUAUCAUCAUCAUCGCAAGAUGCAACUUCUGUUGCCUCUUCUGUGCCACCUUCACCCAUGGGUCACUAUCAAGGGUUUGGACACACCGUGACUCCCCAGACUACACCUACUACAGUUAAUGUAUCCGAUGAAAUAUGUAAUUAUACUACAGGAGUGAAAAAAGAACCUUCAGAUAUUUCCAUGGCCUCCUGAACAGUGUGCGAAAGCAGACUGUGCUGCCGCCGUGUUAUUUCAUCACCUGGUAUCCCACUGCUCAGGAUUUUGUGCUUGGGACAAGCCAUUAAUGGUGGAAAAUUUCAACACAAAGAUAGGCGAAGACCAGGUACAACUACUGGAUUUAUACAACUAAGUUUUGUAUAUCACAAAUAAUCAGUCUAAAUAUCCUAGACUUAGACUUGAUUUCUUAACACUACAUAGAGUAUCACAUACGCAAAUGGUAGAAAAUGACUACUAAAUUUUACUGACGUUAACAAUGCUUUAGCAAGAUGAUAGACAU